GCAAUAAACCCCCUAUCCCCUCCCAUCUCCAAAACCUCUCUCUCAGUCUCUGUCUCUGCAACCUCACUCCCAUGGCCUUCACUUUCCUCUCAAUCCCCCACUUUCUCUCUCCUCAACACCACUUUCUCUCUCUAAAACCAAACUUCACCUCCCUCAGACCUUCAAUUCCCUCUCUUUCAGCUCGGCUCAUUAGGCCCCCCCACGCAAUCGGGCCGGACGGCAAGUAUUACCCGGACCCGGCAGACGACGACCCGCCCGAAGCCCCGGAAGACUCGGGUCACGGGGUGUCCAAGUUCCAGCAAAUCCAGCGCCAAGCCUCGCGCCACCGGAAGCUCCAAGAAGAAGACUUCAAAAAGCACCAGGACACCUUCCUCAAUGCCAUUGCUGACGUGGAAGACGCGCCAGAAAAUUCCAGUUCCGUAACAAACGAGAACUCUGGGGACGAUUUGUUUGGAGAUAUUGACCACGCUAUUGCCUUGAAACGCAAGGAGUUUGUGAAGCAAGGGCUUCUGAAGCCAAACCCUAAGAAGGAGAUUGUUGCGGUUGACGAGUUGGACCCUGAGGAGGUCGUGGACUUGGAGGAGAUUGACGAGCUUCAAGGGCUUAGGGUUGUUAGUGAGGACUCGGACGAAGAUGGGCCAGAGAAAUUUGAUUCAAAGGUUAGUGAUUUGUCUGGUAAAGAUGGAAAUUUGCGUUUGAAUUCCGAGUUUGAUUUGGAUUUUGAUAGUUAUGGUAAAACUAGGGCUAGGAUUGUGGAACCUAAGUUUAAAAUGAGCUUGGCUGAGCUUUUGGAUGAGAGUAAAGUGGUCCCUGUAUCGGUUUAUGGUGAUUUAGAGGUUGAAAUCACUGGAAUUCAACACGAUUCGAGGGUGGUUAAUUCUGGUGAUUUGUUUGUGUGCUGUGUUGGGAGCAAAACGGAUGGGCAUUUGUACUUGAGUGAGGCUAUUAAGAGAGGAGCAGUGGCUGUUGUAGCAAGUAAAGAGAUAUACAUGGAGGAAAAUUUGGGGUGUAAAGCAUUAGUCAUUGUGGAAGAUACCAAUGCGGAUUUGCCCGCAUUGGCUGCGUCCUUUUACAGGUACCCAUCAAAGAAUAUGGCAGUAAUUGGGAUAACGGGAACAAAUGGGAAGACUACGACUGCAUAUUUGAUAAAGGGGUUGUAUGAAGCAAUGGGAUUGAGGACAGGUAUGUUGAGUACAGUUGCUUAUUAUGUGCAUGGGGAUAAUAAGUUGGAGUCACCUAACACGACCCCGGAUGCUGUUUUGGUUCAGAAUUUGAUGGCUAAGAUGCUCCAUAAUGGGGCUGAAGCAGUUGUCAUGGAAGCUUCUUCUCAUGGGCUAGCUCUAGCAAGGUGCGAUGAAGUUGAUUUUGACAUAGCAGUUUUCACAAAUUUGACGAGAGACCAUUUGGAUUUUCACAAGACUGAGGAGGAGUAUAGGGAUGCAAAGGCUAAGUUGUUUUCGAGGAUGGUGGAUCCAGAAAGGCACAGGAAAGUUGUCAAUAUUGAUGACCCGAAUGCAACCUUCUUCAUUGCAAAAGGGAACCCAGAUGUUCCGGUUGUGACCUUUGCCAUGGAGAAUAAGAAUGCAGAUGUUCAUCCCCUGAAGUUUGAACUUUCCUUGUUUGAGACGCAGGUUUUAGUCAGUACUCCCCAGGGUAUAUUGGAGAUAUCAUCGGGUUUGCUUGGAAGGCAUAAUAUUUACAAUAUACUGGCUGCUGUGGCAGUUGGGAUUGCAGUUGGAGCACCAUUGGAGGACAUUGUUAGAGGAAUUGAAGAGGUUGAUGCAGUUCCAGGGAGGUGUGAGUUAAUAGACGAGGAACAGGCAUUUGGAGUGAUUGUGGACUAUGCUCAUACUCCUGAUGCCUUGUCUAGACUUUUGGACUCUGUUAGGGAGCUUGGUGCAAGGAGGAUUAUUAGUGUAAUUGGAUGUCCUGGGGAGAGUGACAGAGGGAAAAGACCCAUGAUGACGAAGAUUGCAACAGAUAAAAGUGAUGUGACAAUACUGACGUCUGACAAUCCAAAGAAUGAAGAUCCAUUGGACAUCUUGGAUGAUAUGUUGGCCGGUGUAGGAUGGACAAUGCAGGAUUACUUGAAACAUGGCGAGAAUGAUUACUACCCACCUCUUCCAAACGGUCAUAGGCUUUUCCUGCAUGAUAUUAGACGAGUAGCUGUCCGCUGUGCAGUUGCCAUGGGCGAGGAAGGUGAUAUGGUUGUGGUUGCUGGCAAAGGCCAUGAAGCACAUCAGAUAGAAGGUGACAAAAAAGAGUUCUUUGAUGACCGCGAAGAGUGCCGAGAGGCAUUGCAGUAUGUUGAUGAGCUUCACCAAGCUGGAAUAGACACAAGUGAAUUUCCGUGGAGGUUACCUGAGAGUCAUUGAUCUCUUCCGUAAGGAGUAGUCAAUUAUGGCGAGUCCAAGGCAGCUCCGGCACAUUGUGUUGAUUUACACUAGGAGAUAUUUCUAAUACCUGGAUACCAUCUAGAGGGCAUGUGACCAAGUGUAUUAACCUUGGUUUGGUUGAGUGAAUGAUAUGCCAUAUAUGUGAAGGCAGUUGAGACUCGAGAACGGCUUCUUGGUUAUUAAAGACUGGUUGUUGAGGCUUUGCUCUUUGAAGCGGUAUAGUUUUGCAGAAAGCUGAAAAUUUUCACCUAGAAGGUUAUUAUAGGCACAAUUUUUGUAGGCAAUGUAUGUAGAAUGUACUGCUAUGUAAACUAAAAUCCUGGGUUGCCAAUAUGCCACAAUUUAAAUGAAUCCAAUUGGUUGGUCCAGUUAGAAUGAAUAUUAGUUCUUGUAAGUUCCUGUAUAAAUCAAGAUGGAUGGAGCAAUGCAUGGUCCCUCUCUCUCUCUCAAGCA